CUUUUCAAUACUGGGUCAUAGGUCAUCAAUUUUGGACACUAUUAACCAGAACUCCGUCAGUUAUGCUGAUAUUCCACAAAACCUAGAUUUGACCAAUGGUGAUCCCCUUGGUUUUCCGAAUGGAAUCGACCCCUACAAUGCACUAGGACUGUAUGUGGAAGAGCCUGGGAAGACAUAUGAAUCCACGGAGGCAAGAUUGUUUCGAGACUUCAAACGGGUAGACACGAUGCGAUAUGUGAGACCAAUCAAUAUGAACAGCUCUGGCGGAACUCUUAUCCAUGUCUCCUUGUCAAUUUUGAAGAUAAAUGAUAUGAUUGAUCAAGAUGAGAAGUUGACAACAACUGUCCAUCUCCAAGUUAAAUGGGAUGAUUACAGACUUCGUUGGAACAAGACAAAAUACGGAGAUUUGGACGUCAUCAACCUCCCUGCACGAAUGCUGUGGACUCCUGAAAUUGAGAUUGUGGACGGGUAUAGAUUUACUCACAUUGACAUAUCCCAGUACAAAGCCAGAGUUUCAUCAAAUGGGACGGUUUCAAUAAGCCGCGUGAUGUACUUAGAUACAAGCUGCGCCCUUGACGUCACUCUAUAUCCUUACGAUGACCAAACUUGUAACAUCACAAUCGGCAGUCGGAACUGGAACGCCAAAGAACUGAUAUACGUAAAUGACGGAAUGUCUGUUGAAUAUUUUGAGUUAAGUAUGUUGUGGGCUUUAGUUGGUACUUGGAGCAAAUCGCACAUUAUUCGCAAUGAAGCAGAAAUUCAUGGUUACAGUUAUGUGGUGUUCACGCUGUAUCUGGAGCGUCAGUCGUUGUUUUAUAGCGUCCACCUGAUCUGGCCAACGAUCCUUAUUGCUAUACUGACCUGUCUAGUCUUCUUCAUACCAGGCGAUUCUGGGGAAACUAUGCAGCUAGCAGUUUCCCUUCUGUUAACGUUUACAGUCUACUUACUAUAUGCUGCUAAUAAGAUGCCCGAGAAUUCCCGCAGCGUGCCCCUCUUUGGCGUUAUCCUCAUGUGUCUCCUUAUGACAUCAGCGUUGUCCAUAAUGCUUUGUGUGAUACUAUUGAUAUGGCAUCAUCUUGGCGAUCAUAAGAAAAAAAUGCCUUGCUGUAUAGAAGGAUUGAUAUUCGAUGGGGUUAGAUACCUCGUUUGUACAAACCUACCCACUGAGAAGAUCCCCAGGGUCAAACGGUUGCCAAGGACGACGGGAUGUCCUUCUGAUCCAGCACUACUUUACUUCCGCAAUGUACCCUCAUCCAGCAAACCGAAUUCAAAUAACCAAAAUGCGGGUUUGCAUGACAUGCAAGGAGAUAUUAACAUGAAUGAGAUUCCCACUAAUCAUGACUCGGGACCUUCACUUAAACUAAACGAAAGUACGAAAGUGACGUCAACACCAAGAAUCAUUGACGUCAACAACGAAAUUGAUGAUGCAGUUGACGGUGUGUCCAGUAAUCGCACGUAUAAAAACGCUGCUAAGAUUUGCGGACGGUUUAUCGGUGGAUGCUAUCUUUUGUUGAUAAUAUUCGGCACCGUCCUCGCCACUGUUAUAAUUCGGAACCUGCCCACAGCAUGCUACAAGAAUAAGGUUGAAUGUAAUUUUGCACCGGACAAUAGAAUGAAUUCUCUGCAGUCGUUUGGCGAACAACUUCUAAAAGGUUUAAAUCCGACCUAAUACUCCGUCUGAAUAGAACAAUAGAAUCAGUUUUUGCAAGUAAUCCAAGAGCAAGUCCUUAAAAUUACUCAGACCUUGGUAUCCGUCUUAUGAUUCAGACAUGACCAUAUAUAGACUAGCCUACACAUUGAUCAAGAUCAGACAUGCGCUUCAAGGAAGCAUUCCUCGCCAUGGACUUGCACAGUGUAGAAUUUGUAUAAACCAUGUCUUCUGAAGCAAAAAUAAUGCAUAAUGCAUAAUAACCCACAUAUGUUUGAGGAAAUAGGAAUUAUUCCCCAUAUCAUGGACCUGCACUUCGAGUACAUUGCCAUUGUAUAUUUAUCAUGUACCCGAUAUUACAAAACCUUCGGUCAUGUUCGUAGAUACAUUGUAGCUACACGUUUUUUAAUGAACUUUUACGUAAACGUGUAGAAUUCUGGUCCCCUGUGGGUUAGUUCUUCCAUUUUUAUUACUAUUCACUUGACCGAUUCAGUAUAAAGGUAUAAAGAAAA